AUGCCUAUGGUCACUGUUGAUAAGGCGGCCCUGUGCAAGGCGCUGGGUAAAGAAUACACCACCGAGGAGUUCGACCAGCUGUGCUUCGACUUUGGCCUUGAGCUCGAAGAAGAUACCACCGACUGCGACCGGCCAUACGUGAACGGCGUCCAGGAACCCCCGCAGCUCAAAAUUGAAAUUCCCGCCAAUCGCUAUGACCUACUAUGCUUCGAGGGUUUAUCCCUGAUGCUGAAUAUCUUCCUCGGAAGAGCCGAAUCACCGAAUUAUCGAGUAGUCACCCCACCAAGCGGAGAGCUACAAACCCUCAUUAUCAAGCCAGAGACUGAAAGUGUACGACCUUAUGUGGUGGGUGCUGUCUUCCGCAAUAUUCGUUUUGACCAGGCACGGUACAAUUCCUUCAUCGCCCUACAGGACAAACUUCACCAGAACAUUGCCAGACAAAGGACUUUGGUGUCCAUUGGAACACACGACCUUGACACCAUUCAAGGCCCCUUCACAUACGAAGCGUUGCCCCCAAAGGAGAUCAAAUUCACUCCUUUAAACCAGACCAAGUGCAUGGAUGGCGAAGAGUUGAUGGAAUUCUAUGAAAAGGACAAAAACCUUGGCAAAUAUUUACAUAUUAUCCGUGAUUCGCCCUUAUACCCAGUUAUCUAUGAUUCUAAAAGGACCGUCUGCUCCCUACCGCCAAUAAUCAAUGGGGACCAUUCAAAAAUAACAUUGGAUACUCGCAAUGUUUUCAUGGAGAUUACUGCAACGGAUAAGACAAAACUAGAAGUCGUGAACAACAUCAUGGUUACCAUGUUCUCUCAGUGCACAGAUGAGCCAUUCACAAUUGAGCCCAUAAAAAUAGUCUCUGAACACAAUAAAGAAUCACGACAAACUCCAACCCUUAAACCAAGGACAACACAGGCUAGCAUAUCUUACAUUAAUCGAUGCACCGGUCUAUCCCUCUCUGGCCCAGAUGCCUGUCAAUUGCUCAAGAAAAUGUCACUUUCUGCCAAGGUUUCUGAGAAAUCCGAAGAUACUCUUGAUGUUACUAUCCCAGUCACCCGAGCGGAUGUCCUUCAUCAAGCUGAUAUUAUGGAGGAUAUUGCCAUUGCACAUGGUUUUAACGAACUUCCUAAAUCUUUCCCUAGCAAAUCUGGCACAAUUGCCCAACCUCUUCCAAUCAAUAAGCUAGGUGACAUAAUUAGAGGAGAAGCGGCAAUGGCAGGGUGGACGGAAGUGCUCACUUUUGCUCUAUGCUCACACGAUGAGAACUUUGCCUGGGUUAACCGCAAAGAUGAUGGGAAGACGGCUAUCAAGCUCGCCAAUCCCAAAACAGUUGAAUUUCAGGUUGUCCGAACAAGCCUCAUGCCAGGCUUGUUGAAAACAAUCCGUGAAAACAAGAACCACAGCUUACCUAUAAAGAUUUUCGAAGUUAGUGAUGUAGGACUCAAAGAUCUCUCACUUGAGAGGAAGAGUCGCAACGAAAGACAUUUUGCUGCGGCCUGGUAUGGGAAAACAAGUGGUUUCGAGGUUGUUCACGGCCUGCUAGACAAGGUCAUGAUGAUGAUGAAAAGUGCCUUUAUUGUUGGAGAGGAAGGGCUGGACAACGCUGCUGUUAAGGGUUCUCAGUAUUGGAUUGAGGAGCUCAAUGAUCCUACUUAUUUCCCUGGCCACGCUGCCUCUGUACAUCUACGCAUGGAUGGAAAGGAGAGCAUUAUUGGUUCCUUCGGCAUAUUACACCCAACGGUUCUUGACAAUUUUGACUUGAAGUAUCCCGUGAGCGCCCUGGAAAUUAACAUUGAAAGUCUUCUAUGA